UUCAAAAAUUACUCAUUGCAAAUUCCCGGACUGCUGGGAGCGGAGAAGGAAGGGGGCGGAGGAGAGAGGGCUGCUGCGGGCGCCGCGCUGGGGGGGCACCCAGGGGCCCGAGCAGCUGACGGCUGGUCCGGCCCCAGCAGCCCGCGGGCCGCUCCGGCUCCGGUGGCCUCACCAGGAAGCGUCAGUCUCGACUCUGGGGAAGCUCCGAGCGCCGCCUCCGCCGCCGCCGCCGCCUCCCGCCCGGCGCCGGGUCCCCGAGCCCCCUCCCCUGCUCCCUCCCGGACGCUCGGGCUCGGGCGCCUUCCCCGGCGAUGGCUGGCCGCUGAGCCAUGGCUCAGUACGGCCACCCCGGCCCGCUCGGCAUGGCUGCGAGAGAGGAGCUGUACAGCAAAGUCACCCCGCGGAGGAGCCGCCAGCAGCGCCCGGGCACCAUCAAGCAUGGAUCGGCGCUGGACGUGCUGCUCUCCAUGGGCUUCCCCAGAGCCCGCGCACAAAAAGCCUUGGCAUCCACAGGAGGGAGAAGUGUUCAGGCAGCAUGUGACUGGUUGGUUGUUCUCCCAUGUCGGCGACCCCUUCCUGGAUGACCCCCUGCCCCGGGAGUACGUCCUCUACCUCCGACCCACCGGCCCCUUAGCACAGAAGCUCUCCGACUUUUGGCAACAGUCGAAGCAGAUCUGCGGGAAGAACAAAGCCCACAACAUCUUCCCCCACAUCACCCUCUGCCAGUUCUUCAUGUGUGAGGACAGCAAGGUGGACGCCCUGGGGGAAGCCCUCCAGACCACGGUCAGUCGCUGGAAGUGCAAGUUCUCGGCCCCGCUGCCCCUGGAGCUCUAUACCUCCUCCAACUUCAUUGGCCUCUUCGUGAAGGAAGACAGCGCGGAGGUCCUCAAGAAGUUUGCCGCGGACUUUGCCGCGGAGGCUGCGUCCAAAACCGAAGUACACGUGGAACCUCACAAGAAGCAGCUGCACGUAACCCUGGCUUACCACUUCCAAGCUAGCCACUUACCCACCCUGGAGAAACUAGCCCAGAACAUCGAUGUCAAACUCGGCUGUGACUGGGUGGCUACCAUAUUCUCGCGAGAUAUCCGGUUUGCCAACCAUGAGACGCUCCAGGUGAUCUACCCGUACACCCCACAGAAUGACGACGAGCUAGAGCUGGUCCCUGGGGAUUUCGUCUUCAUGUCUCCGAUGGAGCAGACCAGCACCAGCGAGGGCUGGAUCUACGGCACGUCCUUAACCACGGGCUGCUCCGGACUGUUGCCGGAGAAUUACAUCACCAAGGCCGACGAAUGCAGCACCUGGAUAUUUCACGGUUCUCACUCCAUCCUGAACACGGCGUCCUCUAACGCCCUCUCAUUUGGCGAUGGUGUGGUGGACAGACGGCAGUAUGAGGACCAGGGCCUGGGGGAGACGGCUCCCCUGACUAUCAUCUGCCAGCCCACGCAGCCCCUGAGGGUCAAUAGCCAGCCUGGCCCUCAGAAGAGAUGCCUCUUUGUGUGUCGGCACGGUGAGAGGAUGGAUGUUGUGUUUGGGAAGUACUGGCUGUCCCAGUGCUUUGAUGCCAAAGGCCGCUACAUACGCACCAACCUGAACAUGCCUCAUAGCUUACCUCAGCGGAGUGGUGGUUUCCGGGACUAUGAGAAAGACGCUCCGAUCACCGUGUUUGGAUGUAUGCAAGCAAGACUGGUGGGUGAAGCCUUAUUAGAGAGCAACACCAUUAUCGACCACGUCUACUGCUCCCCAUCUCUGCGUUGUGUUCAGACUGCGUACAACAUCUUGAAAGGUUUACAACAAGAAAAUCACUUGAAGAUCCGUGUAGAGCCUGGCUUAUUUGAGUGGACAAAAUGGGUUGCUGGGAACACCUUACCUGCGUGGAUACCUCCAUCAGAGUUAGCUGCAGCCAACCUGAGUGUUGAUACAACCUACAGACCUCACAUUCCAGUCGGCAAAUUAGUGGUUUCAGAAUCCUAUGACACUUAUAUUAGUAGAAGUUUCCAAGUAACAAAAGAAAUAAUAAGUGAAUGUAAAAGUAAAGGAAAUAACAUCCUGAUUGUGGCUCACGCAUCUUCCCUUGAAGCAUGUACCUGCCAGCUCCAGGGUCUGUCACCCCAGAACUCCAAGGACUUUGUACAAAUGGUCCGAAAGAUCCCAUACCUGGGGUUUUGUUCCUGUGAAGAACUGGGAGAAACUGGAAUAUGGCAGCUGACAGACCCACCUAUCCUUCCUCUUACCCAUGGACCAACUGGGGGCUUUAACUGGAGAGAGACCUUGCUACAGGAAUAAGCCACACCAGUGAAUGAGAUGGAAAGGCUUUAGCAAGCCUUUGGGAGAAGGGUCUUUCUGUGUGUUUAGUAACAGUGGGAAAGUCUGCACCACCUUCUCAGUGGACAGCUCAGAAUAAUUUAGCAUAUUUCCUUUCACGCUUUAAAGCUCUCAUGAUGAGACUGUGUGAAGGAGAAAAAGACUUGAUUCAGGGAUAAAAUUCAUUCUCUCUGGAUGCUUACCUAGCUAACAAGGCUUUCGAGAAUUGUCUUCACAAAUCGAGGCAGCUGCUACGGCAAAGGAUGGGUUUCUUCCUUCCUUCUACGCAUGGCCAAGGAGUCAGAGCGCUCCCAAAGGGAGCGGUCAGCUCACGCUAAGGAAAGGUUCAGGAUGAGGGAGUAAGUCCAGAAUCCAGCUGGAGGGACACUGAGCUGCCAUUUUGGUGAUGGGAUUUUCUUUUUAACUCCAUGUUCCAGUGAGGCAAAGCCAAGCUGAAGAAUUCUUUGACCGUUCUUAGAAAACAUGCCCCUGCAGAGUUAUUCUUAGAUUCCCCAUCAAAUUCUACCCUCAACGUGACCCACCCACCAGUGCUGCUGGCUCAAGACGCCUGCUUGAGGACUCACAUCCACCCCGGUACCACCACAUUGUCUCUAGAACAGCUGGCUACAGCUUUUUGCUACAGCCCUUCCCCCUUGCUUCUGUGAAACGGGAGACAAAGCACUUUUGGAGACUCAGGAGGAAGAUAAACGUGUGAAGUAUGCAGCUGUAGGAGCAAAGAACUUGCAAAAUAUAAAGUCACCUGGAAUUUUCCAUGUCACAGCACUUCCAAACGGCCAUGAUUUGCUUGUCUUUGCCCAUAGAGUCUAGACUGUGGUAACUGGUUAAGGAUGUCGACGAUUUGAAAGCAUGUACAUUCGAUACAUUAUUGGAGUCAGCAAGCAGCUCAUUCUUGUGCAAUAUGGACAUCUUUACAAACCAUUCCAAGGGUCAGGUCAUUGUACACUUAGGGUACCUGUCAAACAUAGCAGAACAGGGGCGCCUGGGUGGCGCAGUCGGUUAAGCGUCCGACUUCAGCCAGGUCACGAUCUCGCGGUCCGUGAGUUCGAGCCCCGCGUCGGGCUCUGGGCUGACGGCUCUCUCUCUGCCCCUCCCCCGUUCAUGCUCUGUCUCUCUCUGUCCCAAAAAUAAGUAAACGUUGAAAAAAACAUAGCAGAGCAUCCACCAAUGGGUCGGUUAUACCAGGGAAGUAUAUUGAAGUCAGGGAACUAAUUUAAAGGAUGACAGUCACGAUCGCUGUUUGUGCUGUCGUUUUUAUUUGUUUGUGUGUUUUUCUAUAACUUAAAAUAUGUAGGUAGGGCUACUCAAGAAAAGGUGGGAGAGCCAUGUCCUGUGGUUUCUCCUCAUACCUUGCUUCCCAAAUUCAGAGGGAGUCUAUUGAAAAGAAAAAUAAAUGACAAUCAAACCAAAACAUCAGCUAUCAGUGUGUAUUUAAUUGUGUGACUAGCUGACUGUUGGCAACAGACAGUGGUCUGGUACAGUGUAGUUCACUAGACAGAGUAUGUGUGCAAAAGUCCCAGACAUUUAAAGGAAACAUUAGCGCAAAACAAAUCAAUAGGCGUCGUAGCACUUGAAUAAGCUUCAAAACCCAAAUAGACGUAAAACCCAGUAUGUAAAAAUAGAUCUAUGCUCCUGUUUGAAACUGGCAUUUGAGGAUUCCUAAAAAGAAGUAAAAGGAUGCUGGCUAUGUAUGUUAAUCGGCAAGAGGCUUACAGUUGGUUUUUCUUUCUUUUUUAAGUCACUUGGACACAUAGGUCAUGAAUUUUACGUUUUAAGAAACAAUCUUGAUUUCUUCCAGCACUGCACAAACACUGAUCCCGCUACUGGGUAUAAAAGUACUCUGGGCGGAUACCAUUGAGUAAUCGAAAAGUUUUAACCUUAUAAUGGGGGAAAUACUCCUUUCUCUUAAAAGGCUUUAAGAGAAAAAUCACGUUACAGCCGAUGUAACAUCACUGCUGUUCGUUCUUUUAUCUGUCAUGAAAUGAAUCCACUGUUUAACCAGAUCUGUCACAUUUAUUAGAUUCUCCACAAAUUUUCAUGGACUUGCAAUGCUCAGAAUAAUGCUUGAACACUUCACGUCCGAUUUCCUUGAAAGCUUUAGCGGUGUGUUCUCGGCAGGGUCUGUACUUGAACUGAACAAAGUUUAGAAUAGGCCAUGCCCUCCCUCGCUCUUGGCUGUCUUGGUCCUAGAUGACCUGAUAGGCCAGGUUAGCUGGGCAACAAUCUAUUGUCCUUAGCACAAUAUGGACAGAGUCUUAGGCUGUCAUCUACGUGAGCAGGAGGCACAGAUCUGAAAUCAUUUUCUGAAUAAUUUAGGUGGAAAACCCUGAAUUAGAGAGUUUAUUCCUCUGCUUGAAUCCUCUAGAUUGUUUAUCAAAAUGGUCUGAAUGGUUGGAAUUCCUAUUAAAUUCUCUUUUCACCUAUACCUGUUUAAAAAACUAAACUCGGACUCCCAACUGAGAAGUUCUCUGAAAAUCAUGUUGAAUCUAUGUGUAGUAAGAGGAAUGCACAAGUAUAUUACCUGAUUUCAUUUUCAUCCACAAAUCCUAGGUUGAUAUUACAACCUGAAGUUCAGCGUGGUUCUUUUGGAUCUGAGGCUGAUAUUUAUUAAGAACAAAACCUGGAAGGGAGGAGAGAGAAGGAAGGAAGGAAGGAAGGAAGGAAGGAAGGAAGGAAGGAAGGAAGGAAGGACGGACAUGCAAGAGAGGAAGAAUCAAAUGUUUCUGGUAGAGAGGUUUUUUUUGUUUUGUUUUGUUUUGUUUUAAUGUAGAAAGUUACCUGAAAUGAACAGAGAUGAAAUUAACUGAAGGAUUUAAUCUGGGAC